CGUGAGGAGGCGAGAACGAGGCAAGAUGGACGCGGGCUUCUUCCGCGGCACCAGUGCGGAGCAGGAUAAUCGUUUCAGCAACAAGCAGAAGAAGCUCUUGAAGCAGCUUAAGUUUGCAGAAUGCCUGGAAAAGAAGGUGGAAAUGAGCAAAGUAAAUCUGGAGGUCAUAAAACCUUGGAUAACGAAGCGUGUGACAGAAAUAUUGGGCUUCGAGGAUGAUGUGGUUAUAGACUUUAUUUUCAACCAGCUGGAAGUGAAGGCCUGAACCAAAUUGGAAGUUAUUCCUUUCGUGUGACGUAUAGCACCAUCAACUAUUUAGGGCACAGCAGAGUGAGUGUCCAAUGUCGCUCUGACCCAACUCUUGAUGCAGUGUGUGUUCUGGAGGUGAGUUGUGUUACAGUGGAUGAGCAAAGGCACAGUAAAACUAUGUACCAUUUAUAAAGGGGGAGAAGAAUCCAUACUAAAAUUACACUCGGAAAUGAAAAGUUUGGAGAGAGAAUAUUGUUUUGUGGCGUAGUGCUGCUAACCUCUGAACACAGAGCAGAUGGGGCGGGCAAAUGAUUGUUAGUCACCUAGAAUAAGCUCAAUAAAAAGGAUGGGGACAUCGCACAGAGUUGGGUAGCUUUAAAAAAAAAAAAAAAAAGCUUGCACUUGGCACAGGACAGUAAAAGUUUAAAGUAUCCUUCAUACUUGUGCCAUUUAUUUUAUAAAGAACAAUGUCCAUUUUAAAUAAUUCUUAUCUUAAAGGGAUUACUUUUAUAGCUAGAAUACCACAUUAUGAUCAUUGGGGAUUCUGACCUCUGCCCCCCACACACACUGAUCCAUAGACUCAAGUGGGUGCAGCACUGAGUCGCCUUUCAUUGAGAAUGAAGCAGCACAACUGUCGGGUGUCUGGGAGUACUACUGUGCAGAGCCAAGCAAAUAGUGAAGGGAGUGCAGCACUUAAUUGGUGCAAUAUGCAAUCACUUGAAGGGAUAGUCCCUUAAAUAGUCCCACCAUAGCAAAGUAUACCUUCUCCACAAGAUAAGUGAUGGGUGUUUAAUCGCUGGAAGUCCCACUGCUGUGCUUCCCACUGAUCGAGAAAAGGGGUCUUGUCCAAAGCCGCCCCCCCCCCCCCCCCCCCUUCUUUUGAAUGGAGAGGUGGUCCAUUUGCUGUCUGGGACUGGUGGAUAUGGCAAGCACAAUUCUCUGCCAUUUUAUCAAGUGAAUGGAGUGGUAGUGCAAAUGCAUGGCCACAGCGCUUGAUUAGUUAUCAGCAAUUUCGUCGAUAGGUCAUGCAUUUCUGUGUCCCUUCUGAGUUUUUUUUUUAUUUUUUAUGUUGGCUUUUAGUUUUAACUUUUUGUUAUUAGGCCUCCCUAUUCCUUAACCGGUCCACUCUUAGGGCUGAUUCACACGACCGGAAAACACAGCCCAUGUGUCAGCCGCAUGUCCUGAGCUGCAGUCAGUUUGGGAGAUGUGGCCGACACACAGGCCUCUGUUCCUGGACCUAGCUAGUCGUCUAAAUCAGCCCUUAACCCAUAUAAAGUGGUUGUUUGGAUCUAAUUGUAGCACCUUGCGUGCCUGUUUUAAUUUUGAAUAAGUUAAUUUUUUUUAUGCUCUAUUCUGCACUGCCACCAAACAGCAGUCACGGGCUGCAAUCAUCACAGGUCUGAUUUAAUUGGGUUAGUAGAAAACUUUUAUACAUUUCUGUUUAAACUCAUGCUUUUGAAAUAAAGAGUAGAUCUUUGAUAACCUUUUUAUAUUUGUGGCUGUGUACUCAUUAUUGCUUGUUCAUUUUUUGCAAUUUAGAUAAAUGGUAUAACAUUAAACUCAAGGUGGUUGAGUUGCUGUAGGCAGUCGGAAGCAAGCCAAGCGAACGCCUUUCUCUCCAGGGGAACUUGGAGAUACCCAAAACCUCCCCAAGGUUCCAAGAAGAGGCUGAAGACUGCUGGAAUCUGUGCUUUGCUUGUCACAAGGACCCCUAUUGCUUCACUAUGCAAGCGAUGUGUGAAUUUGUCCAGUGUUGAGAAACCUUUUAAGCCUUUGUGGACUAUAACUGUUCUGAACGUGUCACCCACCAGUGUAGUCUAUGGACUGUGUACGUUGCAGGGGAAUGCAUGAAACCCAUUCUAUUAUAGCAAGUGAUUUCAGUAAAGAGUACCACUUCUUAGUGAGUAGGUAGGAUAGAUUCUAAGUAAUUUUUGCAUUUUACUGCAAGCUUUGCCAACAUCCACAAAGGAUUAACAGGCAAUAUAAUAAGGCAAAAUAUUCAAUCUUUGCCAGACUAUAAGCCACAAAGACAUAGGGAAAGCUAAACUGCUUCUCACAACUGUACAAAACUAGAUGCAUAUAAAAAAGCACACUCUCUGUAAAGUAAUGCUUUUAGUACUCACCUGUAAAUUUUCCUGUGGUUUCUUUUGCAGAACCCAGAUUCCAAAAUGAUGCAGAUUAACUUGACUGGCUUUCUAAAUGGCAAAAAUGCCCGGGAAUUUAUGGGAGAGUUGUGGCCGCUUCUUUUGAGUGCACAAGAAAAUAUUGCUGGCAUUCCUACUGCAUUUCUUGAAUUAAAAAAAGAAGAAAUAAAACAGAGACAGAUUGAGCAGGAGAAGUUGGCAACUCUGAAGAAGCAAGACGAUGAUAAAGAUAGACGAGAUAAAGAGGACAGAGAUAAAAGAGAUCGAUCUAGAAGUCCAAGAAGGCGAAAAUCUAGGUCAUCUUCACCAAGGAGGAGAUCAUCCUCACCGCGAAGGAGGUCUCCAAGUAGAAGAGAGAGAAAGAGAAGCCCCUCUCAUUCUCCACGGCACAAAACAAAAAGCCCUAGUCCUUCUCCUCCUCCUCCAGUUCUUGACCAGGGAGAGCCGGAAGUUCAAGAACCUGAGCCAUCUCUAAAAGUAAAGGAGCCAUUUGUACAAGAGGCAACAUCAUCUAGUGACAUAGUUAAGAUCUCUAAACCUGAUUCUGCACCAGAAACUAAGGAUGUAUCGCCAGAGCCAAAUUUGCGGAAAAUUAAAGAGGAGCGACAUCGCCACAGGUCUCGUACACGUUCAAAGUCCAGGUCUCGUUCCCCUUCCCAUUCUAGACCACGGAGACGGCAUCAUUCGAGAUCUAGGUCUUACAGUCCAAGGAGGCGUCCUAGCCCCCGACGUAGACCAUCUCCUCGACGGAGAAGCCCCCCUCGACGAAUGCCGCCUCCUCCUAGACACAAGAGAAGCAGAAGUCCUGUUAGACGUAGGAGACGUUCAUCAGCAUCUUUGUCUGGAAGUAGUAGCUCAUCAUCUUCAUCCAGAUCACCGCCACCACCUCCUAAGAAGCAACCCAAAAGAAUUUCUUCCAGCCCACCACGUAAGCCACGCCGCUCAUCUCCAUCUGCUAGUCCUCCACGAAGACGAUAUAGACAGUCUCCACCUCCAAGUCCUCCACAGAAAAGGCGUUCCCCAUCUCCACAGCAGUCAUUACGUUCAAGAAAGCCUAGAGGGUCCGUUUCACCUGCUCAUACUUCAGCAUCAAAGCACAAAAUUAUAGAGAAGCGGAAAACGCCAUCACCUCCUCCAAAACCACGCAGAAGGGAAAUAUCAGAGUCUGAUGAUGAUAAGGGAGGCAAAAUGGGAACAUCUGAUUCCGUACAGCAGCGUCGUCAGUAUAGGAGACAAAAUCAGCAGUCCUCAUCAGAUUCUGGGUCAUCCUCCUCAUCAGAAGAUGAACGGCCAAAGCGCGCAGGAGUAAAGAAUGGGGAAGUUGGCAGGAGACGUAGGCAGUCUACAUCAAGAAGUCCAUCCCCUUCUCGAAAACGGCCCAAGGAUCCUUCUCCACAGAUGCAGACUGUGAAAAGGUGGCAAUCACCUCCGCCUAAAAGCCGCAGGCGGAGGAGCCCAUCACCACCUCCACCACCACCCCCACCCAGAAGGCGACGCAGCCCUUCCCCUGCCCCACCCCCGAGGAGAAGACGUUCUCCUUCUCCACAGAGGCGCAGGUCCCCUUCUCCUUGUAGGCAGUCUCCCUCUCAAAGACGGUACUCACCACCAAUUCAAAGACGAUACUCUCCUUCUCCACCUCCUAAAAGGAGAACUUCUUCACCACUAGCUCAGCAGCCUUCAAAACGCAGAGUAUCACAGUCACCUCCUCCAUCAAAACGCAGAGUAUCACAGUCACCUCCUCCAUCAAAACACAGAGUAUCACAUUCACCUCCGUUAAAACAUAAAGGAUCUCCUGGAGGAAAAAGACGGUCUCCAUCUGUACCAUCCAAGCACAGAAAAGGAUCAUCCCCAAGUAGAUCUGGAAGAGAGGCACGUUCUCCUCUACAGCCUAAACGUUUAUCACAUUCUCCACGUCAAAGAGUUGCACGUAGCCCUGAGAGCCCUCCAGUACAUAGGAGGGUACCAUCUUCUUCACCUCCAAGGAUCCAACAGUCCCCUUCUCCAAGUACACGGCCUAUUCGACGAGUGUCCAGAACACCAGAACCGAAAAAACUGAAAAAGGAUUCUCCCAGUCCAGGUCCGAUAAGAGGCUCGUCUUCAAGAUCUGUUUCUCGAUCCCCUGAACCUGCUCCUAAAAUUCAAGCUGUGUCACCAUCUCGGUCUCGAUCACGCUCUGCCAACUGGUCUCCAGCUCCAGCCCCAGCUAAGAAAGUCAAGAGUGCCACACCAAGCCCAUCUCUUGCUCAGACAUCAGAUCAAGAGGGCGGUGGAGGAAAAAAGAAAAAGAAGAAAAAGGACAAGAAACACAAAAAAGAAAAGAAGCACAAGAAACACAAAAAACAUAAGAAAGAGAAGGCUGCAGCAGUUGCUUCUCCAGAGGUCACUGAGGCAAAUGUGGAAACUGAAGCAAAGAAGGAGACUGAAAGUGACGGAGAAGAAACUCUAGACGAUUUGGAGAAGCAUUUACGAGAGAAGGCUCUGCGUUCCAUGAGAAAAGCGCAAGUUUCCCCUCAGUCCUAAUUCUGUUCACGUCUCAUUUGCAAAGUGUAAAUUGUAUUUUGUUUUGUUUUUGUUUGUUUUUUACAUUUUUUUUUCUCAGAUGGCUUAAUUCAUUUGGAAGGUUAGAUUAUUCCAGUUAUUAGGUUGGGAUUUACUACAUUUUCCUGAUCAUUUCAUACAGUGAUGGGAGAGGUUUAACACCUGCAGCUAUAGUGGGAGUGGAAGUCAACUGUUUGUGCACUCGUUGAACAUUUGUACUUUCUCAAUCCUGUACUGUCAUGGUUGACAUUUGAUUGGUAAAAUGUUCCCCUUUUUCUGCUUUUAAUAUUUCCAUUGUCAUGCCACGAGUUUUCCAGAUUUAAUAAAUUGUACAGACUGUUGUUUAUUUUCAUUACAUGAA